AGGGUCCUGUGGACCUGGCCGACCAAUUGCUUCGGAUAAUUGCAAAUUUGUGAAUGCUCCACGGCCCUGGUGCGAAGCUCUCCCGCCAUGAAUGUUCUCACAAUCUCCCUCUCUCCAACGGAAGUAGCCUCGCUCAUCUCUCCGGCCUGUCCCAAACGCAUCUCCCUUCUGCUUUUCCAAGCGAACACUCGUAUCCGAUACCUAGGGUUUUGUUGUCCGAAAGCACUUCGCAAAUCAGCGACAGGUUCAUCUCAGUUUCAAGUCUCCUACAAGCCUUCAGGGUCACUCUUUCCGGUAGAACCUCAACUUUCUGAUGCCGAAGAAGAUGACUACGAUGAAGACGACGACGACGACGAAGCUGCUGACGAGUACGAUGACGUGUCAGCGGGGGUUUCGGACGGACUUGAAGAGAGCGAGGAUGAAAUUGAAGCGUCGAUGGCUGCUGAGAACGUACCGUAUCGACUUGAGGAAUUCAGAUGGCAGAGAGUCGAGAAACUUCUCAACGAAGUCAGAGAGUUCGGUGAAGAAAUCAUUGACGUGGAUGAACUCGCUUCCGUUUACGAUUUCCGCAUCGAUAAAUUUCAGCGGCUGGCGAUACAAGCGUUUUUGAGAGGUUCAUCCGUUGUGGUCUCUGCACCUACGAGCAGUGGAAAGACUUUGAUAGCUGAAGCUGCAGCUGUUGCCACAGUAGCCAGGGGAAGGAGAAUAUUCUACACAACGCCGCUUAAGGCACUAUCAAAUCAGAAAUUCCGCGAGUUCCGGGAGACCUUCGGUGAUAGCCUUGUUGGCCUUCUUACAGGAGAUUCUGCAGUCAACAGAGAUGCUCAGGUCUUAAUUAUGACCACAGAGAUUCUACGGAACAUGAUGUAUCAGAGUGUUGGAAUGCCUUCAUCUGGGAAUGGACUUCUCCACGUUGAUGUUGUAGUCUUGGAUGAAGUGCAUUAUCUUAGUGACAUAUGUCGUGGUACAGUUUGGGAGGAGAUAGUUAUUUACUGCCCUAAAGAAGUUCAACUCAUAUGUUUGUCAGCAACAGUUGCAAAUCCAGAUGAGUUGGCUGGUUGGAUUGGUCAGAUUCAUGGUAAGACUGAGUUGGUAACAUCAUCAAAGCGUCCAGUUCCAUUGAAUUGGCACUUCUCUACAAGGAGAUCUUUGUUACCUUUACUUGAUGAGAAAGGAACAGGCAUGAAUAGGAAGCUGUCACUCAAAUAUUUACAACUUCAUGCUUCGGGAGCUAAAUCUUACAAGGAUGAUAAAUCUAGACGAAGAAAUUUUAAAAAACGUGAUUAUGAGUUGAACUACAGCAGUAAUGAUAGCUUGUCUGGACAAUCUCCUCUUUCAAAAAAUGACGUUAAUACAAUUCGCCGUUCACAAGUUCCUCAGGUUAGGGAUACAUUGUGGCACCUCAAGGCAGGGGAUAUGCUGCCGGCGAUAUGGUUUAUUUUUAGCAGGAAAGGAUGUGAUGCUGCUGUUCAAUAUCUUGAAGAUAGCAACCUCCUAGAUGAGUGUGAGAAGAGUGAGGUUGAGCUUGCAUUGAAGAGGUUUCGUAUUCAGUACCCUGACGCUGUCAGGGAUUCUGCUCUUAAAAGCCUUCUGCAGGGGGUUGCAGCACAUCAUGCUGGCUGUUUACCUCUAUGGAAAUCCUUUAUUGAAGAACUGUUUCAAAAAGGACUUGUCAAGAUUGUCUUCGCUACAGAAACACUUGCUGCAGGAAUCAACAUGCCUGCUAGGACAGCUGUUAUUGCAUCUCUUAGCAAAAGGGGUGAAAGUGGUCACAUUUGUUUAAGCCCAAAUGAACUGCUUCAAAUGGCUGGGCGUGCUGGACGUAGAGGCACUGAUGAAAGGGGAAAUGUAGUGCUUGUUCAAACUCCUUUUGAAGGUGCUGAACAGUGUUGUAAGCUUCUGUUUGCUGGGGUUGAACCUCUUGUUUCACAAUUCACUGCUUCAUAUGGAAUGGUGCUGAAUCUUCUUGCGGGUGCAAAAGUAACUUGCAGGUCUAAUGAACCAGAUGACAAGGAUGUUUUUCGAGCUCGACGAACACUGGAAGAAGCUAGGAAGUUGGUUGAUCAAAGUUUUGGAAACUAUGUUGGAAGCAAUGUUUUGCUUGCUUCAAAAGAGGAGCUAAAUAAAAUACAGAAAGAGGUUGAGUUGCUGACUAUGGAGGUUGGUGAUGAUGCAAUUGAUAGGAAGAGCCGGAAGCUAUUAUCAGGUAAGGCAUACAAGGAGAUUGCUGAUCUGCAGGAAGAAUUAAGGGCAGAAAAGCGAUUACGGAGUGAAAUGCGAAGGAGGAUGGAAUUGAUGAGAAUAUCUACUUUGAAACCUUUGUUGAAUGAAUUGGAAAAUGGGAAUUUACCUUUUGUAUGCUUGCAAUAUAGAGAUACAAAAGGAGUUCAACACAAAGUCGCUGCUGUAUAUUUGGGCAAGGUUGAUUCAUUCAAUGGUUCAAAAGUCAAGAAAAUGGUUUGCACAAAUAACCUCUUCACAGUAGAUGUAGUGAGAACAGAGUUGAAUGUUGGUGAGAUUGAAAAGCAACAGGACAUUCUACCAUCUUAUUAUGUGGCUCUUGGUUCAGAUAACUCUUGGUAUUUAUUUACAGAGAAGUGGAUUAAAAUAAUUUAUAGGACUGGCUUUCCAGAUGUUGCAUUAGCUGAAGGCGAUUCUUUGCCUCGGGAAAUUAUGAAGAUGCUUCUUGAUAAAGAGGAAAUACAGUGGGAGAAGCUUGCUGAUUCUGAACUUGGGGGUUUAUGGAGCAUGGAAGGUUCUCUGGAGACAUGGUCUUGGAGUUUGAAUGUUCCAGUUUUGAAUAGUCUUUCUGAAGAUGAUGAGGCCUUACAAAUGUCACAAGCGUAUGCUGUGGAAUGUUACAAGGAACAGAGAAACAAAGUUUCACGUUUAAAGAAGAGGAUUGCACGCACAGAAGGCUUUAAAGAAUAUAAGAAAAUUAUAGAUAUGACUAAAUUAAUUGAAGAAAAGAUUAAACGGUUGAAGGCUAGAUCAAACCGUUUGAUUAGUAGAAUGGAGCAAAUUGAACCAUCUGGUUGGAAAGAAUUUCUGCAGAUCAGCAAUGUUAUACAUGAAACUAGGGCAUUGGAUAUCAAUUCUCAUGUAAUAUUUCCUCUUGGUGAAACUGCUGCUGCAAUUCGAGGAGAAAAUGAACUUUGGCUUGCAAUGGUUCUUCGGAAUAAAAUCUUACUAGAUCUGAAGCCUGCACAGCUUGCUGCUGUCUGUGGAAGUCUAGUUUCUGAAGGGAUUAAAGUUCGGCCUUGGAAGAAUAACAGCUAUAUUUAUGAACCAUCCACCACUGUAUUGGAUGUAAUCAGUUUUUUGGAUGAACAAAGAAGCUCGCUAUUUGAAAUUCAAGAAAAACAUGGGGUAAAGAUACUUUGUGGUUUGGAUAGCCAAUUUUCUGGUAUGGUUGAAGCCUGGGGCUCUGGUCUAACCUGGAGGGAAAUUAUGAUGGAUUGUGCAAUGGACGAGGGAGAUCUAGCUCGUCUCUUACGGCGAACAAUUGAUUUACUAGCUCAGAUUCCUAAAUUGCCUGAUAUUGAUCCUCUGCUGCAAAGCACUGCAAUGACUGCUUCCAACGUCAUGGACCGUCCACCAAUAAGUGAGCUGGCUGGAUGAAGUUAGACCACCAUUCUUACAGGGUCCGGUUGUAAAUUUGUGUACACACCAACUCCAUGUUUAUCUUUGUUCUCUGUUGUGGACCGAGAUAAGAUUACCUUUUUCUGCGAAAAAUUAUUCAGAGAUUACUUGCUUUCUGCAGUUGGUCUUGAAGUAGUCCAAUUUCAGGCCCUCCAGAACAGUUGGAACGCUUGGCUUCGCCGCCACCCCCGACAUGGCUGUGACCGAGCCUCGGGAUUUAUUUCAGAAGGUAUUUCCGCAUUGGUAAGAUGCUAACAGCAGUGAAUUUGUGUACUGUUAAUUCUGUCAAAUGAGUAACACGGCAUUUACAGGUCACUGAUGGUGCUCAGUUAAAUUACAGUCUGGCAGUGUCUUUUGGCAUGCUUGUAUUUUUUAUUUUAUGUAUAUUAUAAUAUUUGAUAGCUGAUUUUACCUCGUGGGACAUAAGGUGUAGGUAUUUUUUAUUUUUAUUUUCCGAGAUGUCUGCAAUGAAGUGGUGCUCAAGAGGCAGCUUCAGGUGAAAUGGAGGCUGUCUUAGAAAGUCAAGAGCUGAUGGUGAUGUAAUUUUUCUUGUUGCGAGAUGGGGCCACGUGUGAUGGUGGGAUGAAGAAAGGUUCCCAUGUUAAUGGAUGAACUAUUGCUCACCGAGGCCAUAAAUGCAUUUUAAGUACGGUUGAAAUCUACAAAGAGAUAUGGAAGAGACGAAGCAAUGAAUUAAAAUGUUGUCUCUGUAAUUUAAUUACUACUCAGAGAGAGAGGGAGAGUGUCUGUCCUUGUUGAGGAAGAGACUUUGUAUGUCCUGUUGCGUUGAACUAAAGUAGAUACAAACCUUGCCUCUCCAAAA